CCGGUGUAGUGUGUGUGUGUGUGUAUGAUGGCGGCAGUGCGGCUUCUCCUCCGGACUGUGAGCUCCGCGUCCUCCUGUGCGCACAGCGGCUCAGGGACAGCGCUGCUCAGACUCUCCCCGACCUGCAGCUCCAGACCCAGAGCGCAGAGGCGGCAUGCAGCUCAUUUCGCCUUCCACCCAGACCCCGUCCCCACUAAAUACGGCCCCACCGUGAAGAUGAACUUGUUCCAGUCUAUAACCAGUGCCUUGGAUAACACACUUGCAAGUGACCCCACAGCAGUGAUUUUUGGAGAGGACGUUGCCUUUGGUGGAGUUUUUCGAUGUACUGUUGGACUUCGGGACAAAUAUGGAAAAGACCGGGUGUUCAAUACCCCGCUGUGUGAACAGGGCAUAGUGGGAUUUGGAAUAGGUGUAGCUGUUGCAGGUGCAACUGCCAUUGCAGAGAUUCAGUUUGCUGACUACAUCUUUCCAGCUUUCGAUCAGAUUGUAAAUGAGGCUGCUAAGUACCGGUACCGCUCGGGCAACCUUUAUGACUGUGGGAACUUGACCAUCCGAGCGCCAUGGGGAUGUGUGGGUCAUGGCUCUCUCUACCACUCACAGAGCCCAGAGGCUUACUUCGCUCACUGCCCCGGCCUUAAGGUUGUUGUGCCUAGAGGUCCAGUUCAGGCUAAGGGGCUGCUGCUGUCCUGCAUUGCUGAUGAAAACCCCUGCAUCUUCUUUGAGCCCAAGAUUCUGUACAGAGCAGCAGUGGAGCAGGUCCCCACCGAACCGUACCACCUCCCCCUGUCGCAGGCCGAGGUCGUGCAGGAGGGAAGUGACGUCACGCUGGUUGCCUGGGGAACACAGGUCCACGUAAUGAGGGAGGUUGCUACCAUGGCACAGGAGAAGCUUGGAGUGUCUUGUGAGGUCAUUGACCUGCAGACUAUUUUGCCAUGGGAUAUAGAGACUGUAUGCAAGUCGGUGGUGAAGACGGGGAGGCUGCUGAUCAGUCAUGAAGCUCCAGUGACCGGAGGCUUCGCUGCAGAGAUCAGCUCUUCUAUACAGGAACAAUGUUUCCUAAACCUAGAGGCACCCAUCGCCAGGGUUUGUGGGUACGACACACCAUUCCCUCACAUUUUCGAGCCCUUCUACAUCCCAGACAAGUGGAAGUGUUUUGAAGCAGUCAAAAGAAUGAUCAACUACUGAUACCAGAAUUGACAGGAAGACAUGGGCACAGAGGUUCUGGCCUCGUUGACUGACAGACUGUUACGUGUGCGGUUUUUAAACAUGGACUGUAACUCCAGAAUUUCUACGGUCCACGCUGUGGAGCACCAGCCAUGAACACUAAUGCAGCAAAUAUCUAGUGGGUGCUCUGCUGUUGUAGUUAGCAAAAUGAAUGUUUCUGUUUUUGCUGUUAACCGUGUGAUCUAUUUUUGUUGAUCUCCUGUUUUAUUAAUUAUUGAGUGGUGUUUUCUGGGGGAAUUAAAGGGAUUGUUCAUGCUGUUGUACAGUGAUUCCUCCACUCCUUCCCUUACUAUCCCUUGUGAGGUGAACAGUGUCUGAACAGUGUCUUCAAAUAUCUGAUCUAAGGCAGUUUUGCACCAAUCCAUUAACAGUGUAGUGUAAAAUAAGACAUUUCAUUCUCCCAUCAAACAAACUGUAAAGCUUGAUUAAAAUGAUUUCGUUGUAUAUUGA